CAGCAACCUCGACCCUUUACGCCCAGCAAUCCAGUUCAGCGCCCAGCUCAAUAAAAUCAGUAAAAAUGGCCAAGGCUAAGAAGACCGGUGAUACCCUCGCCUCCCGUCUGGCGCUCGUCAUGAAGUCGGGUAAGGUCACCAUGGGUACCAAGACCACCCUGAAGACCAUCCGCUCCGGCAAGGCCAAGCUCGUCCUCAUCGCUGCCAACUGCCCUCCCCUCCGCAAGUCUGAGCUUGAAUACAUGGCCAUGCUUGCCAAGACCCCCGUCCACCACUUCAGCGGCAACAACAUUGAGCUCGGUACCGCUUGCGGUAAGCUCUACCGCUGCAGCGUCAUGGCCAUCCUUGACGCCGGUGACUCCGACAUCCUCAGCCGUGAGGCUUAGAUUUGAUAAAAACUGGGUUGUUGGGAUUUGCUGAACGCCGUCUGAUGUCUCACCACCGUGAUACAUAUCGGAUACGGAUACGAUUAUGAGGGAAAGAUGAAACCACAGAGAGACCUGUAAUACAGACGGGUCCAUCAU